AACAAUCUUGGGCAACAUGUUCAAGGUUGUCCACCUCAAGGCCCUGAUCCUGGCCAGCUGUUUCUGUUGCCCGGAGGCCCAGCAUCCUGCCUGGCUGUAUCCGAUGCCUUGGCGUCCUCUGAUCCUGCCCAGAGUAGCUCCCACGCCAUUGGCGGGCGUUUCUCAACUGAGUCCGGGCUAUACGGGUCCUCAGACCUUUCCUCCAGUGCCGCAGGAUCAGCAGCAAGGACAGCAACAGCAACAAUAUCAACAGCAGCAGCAGCAGCAACAUCAGCAGCAGCAGCAAUAUCCUCCACAGUAUCCUCAGCAACCUGUCCUCUUUGGCUUAUUUGCUCCUCAGUUGCAAGUUCAUCCUCUGGCCGCUCCUCCCCAGGCCGGACACUUCACUCUGCCCUUCAGGCCAUCGCCCUUUGCCGGCUACACGGACGACGAGGUGGACAACGAGGUCCAGGAGGAGAGUCCUGACCACCAGCCACAUCAGCAGCAACUAGAGCCUCCCUUCCACGCUCAUCCCUACAAAGUGGCGGAGAGAUCGGAGAUCAGGAACAGAGGUGUUCACCCGGAAGGAUCAGGAUCAGGAAAUGAAGGAUCUACUCCUCUGGGUUAUGUCUAUCUCUCCCCAAGUAAUAUCUACAAUCUAGUAAGGUCUUAGGGUCCUAAAGGUCUAAAUCUGAAUCAUAGUUCUUAAUAUACUUUGUACUUACCUUGAGAAGUUUGAGUUUCGAAACCCCAUGGAUAAAUAAUAUAUUUUUAUUUUUUUUUUAUAAAAUAAGAAAAUAC